AUGGCUCCCACAGAACACCUCGACAAGUAUCAGAUUCGCGCUCUAAGCGUCAUCGAACGAACAUGUUCCGUCUUUUCAUUACUCGGAUCCAUCUUCAUCAUCGUUACCUUUCUAUCAUCGAAAGCCUUCCAUAAACCGAUCAAUCGCCUGGUCUUUUAUGCUUCGUUUGGCAACAUGAUGACCAAUGUCGGUACAUUAAUGUCCAGAUCGUACGUUGGUGAUACGAACUCGGCAGGCUGUCAGCUUCAAGCCUUCCUCAUCCAAAUGUUUAUGCCUGCUGAUGCUUUCUGGACUCUUUCAAUGGCCAUCAAUGUCUACUUGACAUUCUACUACAAAUUCGAUGCUCGAAGAUUACGCAAGAUGGAAAUCCCUUACCUUAUUGGAUGCUAUGGUGUUCCAUUCGUUCCGGCCUUUGUCUACAUAUUUAUCAAGAACAAAGAGGGUCAGAGAAUGUACGGCAAUGCCACACUUUGGUGCUGGGUCAGUGCAGAAUGGGACAUUUGGAGAAUUAUUACCUUUUAUGGUCCUGUUUGGCUCGUCAUCAUCGUCACCUUCUUCAUCUACAUCCGUGCCGGCAGCACAAUUUACCGCAAGCGCAGAGAACUCGACGGCUUUAGUUCAACCGAUCGAGAUUUGACUUACGGUAACGAGAACCACAUUACCACGCUCAAGACGACAGAAGUUUCCGUCACAACAGAGAUCGUUAAGCCCGAUGGGAUCCUUUUGCAGCCUAUGAGUGGCCGAGCGCCGGACUCCAGUAACCCUAGUCCCUCCAAUGGAAACUACUCGGUUCACAUAUCAGCUCAGCCGGGUUCUGGGGAUAUUGCAGACGAACUGGCCCCAAUCGAAAGGGAGCAAACACGAGCCAGCAUCCAAGUCCCUCAACAACAGCAACGUUCUGCCGCCAGCAUGAAUCGUAGACGGAAUCGCGAACUCAACAACGCAGCAUGGCAGUACACAAAGUGCGCCCUACUUUUCUUCACAGCUAUUUUGAUCACAUGGGUUCCCUCGAGCGCCAACCGUAUGUACUCAGUAUUCCACAAGAGAUCAUCAGAUCCCCUGGAAUUUAUGAGUGCCUUUGUGCUUCCCCUUCAGGGUUUUUGGAAUGCCCUUAUCUACAUGGUUACAUCUUGGGAUGCAUGCAAGAACUGGUUCAGCGACAUGCGCAUGGGUCAACGUCCAGAUGUAACAGAACUUGUUGGUGGUAUGAGACCCGAAGUUGGAGCCAACCACACCAUCGGCGGCGGCGGCGGCGGCGGCCACCGACAUAACCUUGGUCACCUCCGACGAUCUAAUAAGUUCGAGACGGAGAGCAUGACCGAAUUGGCCAACGAGAGCCGGCCGACUUCGGACGAUGAACGGCGAGAUCAAAGCCGAGUAUAA